AUGGAUACUCUAGUUGCCAAAUACAGCCGACCGGCUUUCCACAAUGAGGACUUCAAGGAUGAGACCGAGGAGCUGAUGAACACAGAGACCCCAUUGUCUCUGAAGUUUGCCAUGCCCCCCGUCGCCCAUCCCUCACAAUGGCUCCGAGCUGCCACCGAUGACAGAUCCAACCCCGACUGCCCCAUCAAGAUUGCACACGGAACAACGACCCUGGCCUUCCGAUUCCAGGGCGGUAUUAUCGUCGCUACCGACUCUCGUGCCACGGCCGGUGACUGGAUUGCCUCGCAGACCGUCAAGAAGGUCAUCGAAAUCAACAGCGUCCUGCUCGGAACCCUUGCUGGUGGCGCUGCAGACUGCCAGUACUGGCUUGGCUGGCUGGGCAUGCAGUGCCGCCUCCACGAGCUCCGCCACAAGCGCCGUAUCAGCGUCGCCGCUGCCUCCAAGAUCCUCGCCAACCUCGUCUACAGCUACAAGGGCAUGGGCCUCAGCAUGGGCACCAUGUGUGCCGGCGUUACCCCCGAGGAGGGACCUGCGCUGUACUACGUCGACAGCGACGGCACCCGUGUGGCCGGCAACCUCUUCUGCGUCGGCAGUGGUCAGACGUUUGCCUACGGUGUGCUGGACACCGAGUACGACUACGAGCUGGGUGUCGAGGACGCUCUCGAGCUGGGAAGGAGGAGUAUUCUUGCCGCAACUCACCGUGAUGCGUUCUCUGGUGGUUAUAUCAACCUGUACCACAUUGAGGAGAAGGGCUGGACGCACCACGGCUUCAACGACACAAACCCCAUCUUCUGGAAGACCAAGCUGGAGAAGGGAGAGUUCUCAAAUGUUACAAGCGCUCUGGAGUAG